AUGGAACCCUGGCCUACCUUGGCCUGGGUCCUACUACUGACUCUCAUUGCUGACUGGUCGAAAACUAGCCAAUCGCGGGACUUCACAGUGAAUGACAUAGUGUACCUUCAUCCCUCCACCACACCCUAUCCUGGUGGAUUCAAGUGUUUCACAUGUGAAGCCUCUGUAGACAACUAUGAGUGCAACCGCUGGGCACCAGAUGUCUACUGUCCACGAGAAACCCGAUACUGCUACACGCGUCACCACAUGGAUGCGCGAGGGGACAGUGUGUCGGUGACGAAGCGUUGUGUGAGCCUGGCGGACUGCCUGUCCACUGGAUGUGCCGACGGUAACCAUGAAGGACACAAGGUUUGCACCGCCUGCUGUGAAGGAAACAUCUGCAACCUACCACUGCCAAGGAACGAGACGGACGCCAUCUUCAUCACCACAUCUCCCCUCAGCAGUGCCCCCAGGCUCCCCCAGCUUCCCUACAUGGCAGCCUGUUUCUUCAUCACUUUUACCAUCAUCAUCACCUUCCAUCUUGGCUAA